CGCCAGGGGGGGAACUGAUGUGGUUGGGCCAGCGAUCGAGUUUUGUGGUCCGCCAGUUUAGAAUGAGCCACCGUGUCGGACGGAUCGCUAAAUAGUCCGCGUCCGGAGGAUAGGAUAGAACGAAAACAAAAAAGCAUCCGGAUAAUUACCGAGUGCAUCCAGUGAAGGCGAACGACACGAUCGUGGAAACGAACUCGUUUAGCUUUUUUUUUUUGGCACAAAAAGAAAAUCACCACACGGUCCCAAAAGGUCAAUCUAUUACAACACAACCAACCACCAUGAAGAUGCAGUUGAGGUCCGUGUGGGGCUUCGUGCGCCGCAACCUACUGACAACCCUAACGAUCCUCGGUGUGAUCGUGGGUAUAGCGCUUGGCUUGGGAUUGCGGGCAGUUCCGGACGAAGGCGACACCUGGUCACAGCGUGAUGUCUCCUACAUCAACUACGUUGGUGAUCUAUUCCUGCGAACUCUCAAAGCCCUAAUCCUACCGCUGAUCGUAUCAUCACUGAUCGCCGCCGUUGGAUCACUCGAUCUGUCCCUAUCGAAGAAGAUUGGUGGUCGAGCGGUACUGUACUAUCUCGCGACAACUGUGCUCGCCGUAAUUCUGGGCAUUGUGCUCGUCGUCACGAUAAAGCCCGGAUCGGACCGUGAAAGUGAUGAUGUGGAUUCGGACGCCGUUCAGUCGCGCAAUGUCACCACCGUGGAUACACUGCUCGAUCUCGUGCGCAACAUGUUCCCGCCAAAUCUUGUACAAGCCUGUACGCAGCAGUACCAAACUGUGCUGAAACCACCGGCUGCCAAUCCAGCCGAAAGCGACAUCUACCGGUGGACGAUCACGGGCAUGUACGCGGACGGUAUGAACAUUCUCGGGCUGGUCGUCGCGUCGAUCGUGUUCGGUGUGGCGCUCGGUGCAACCAAGCGCGAGAAUGCCUUGGUACUUCAGUUUUUCCAACAGCUGUCCCACAUCGUCAUGAAGGUCACCGGCUGGGUGAUUUGGCUCUCACCAGUUGGUGUGACGUUUUUGAUUGCAUCGAAAAUUUUGGAAAUCGAAGACCUUGGCGAUAUGUUCGGUAAGCUCGGGCUGUACUUUGCGGUCGUUGCUGGUGGCAUUUUGUUCCACGGGUUCGUCGUGCUGUCGCUGCUAUUCUUUCUGUUCACACGCAAAAAUCCGUUCCGGUUUAUUGCCAACAUGGGUCAGGCACUUGCUACCGCAUUCGGGACCUCGUCCAGUUCGGCCUCACUGCCCGUUACCAUGCAGUGUUUGGAGGAGAAGAAUCACAUCGAUCCACGCGUUUCGCGGUUUGUGCUUCCGAUCGGUGCUACGAUCAAUAUGGACGGUACGGCACUGUACGAAGCGGUCGCUGCCAUCUUCAUCGCUCAGUUGCGUGGACUCUCCCUAUCUUUUGGCAAUGUUCUGGCAAUCAGUAUAACGGCAACGGCGGCCAGUAUUGGAGCUGCUGGAAUUCCUCAGGCAGGUCUCGUAACGCUCGUCAUGGUACUGGACACGGUCGGACUACCCGCCGAGGAUGUAUCCCUCAUCAUUGCCGUCGAUUGGCUACUCGAUCGCUUCCGGACACUGGUGAAUGUGCUCGGCGACAGCUUCGGUGCAGCCAUCGUGUACCACUAUAGCAAGGCAGAGCUGGAAAGCACGAAAAACGCUGAUGGUGCAAUGACAGCAACGACGCAAAUACCACAGGAAGCGGAUCCGGAGCUAGUGUUUCAUACGGAUUCGAUACUAGCCAACGGUGAUGAGCGCAUCAUCGAUAAGAACAGUCGGUUGUAGUAAAAACAAAAAAAAAACAAAAGGAAAAGAAACUCCUCCGCCCAUGGCGGGGGAUUUUUCUUUUCUUAGCUUGCUAGCAGAAAGAAAAAAACAAUGGUGCUAUUUUGCUGUAUAUUUACGCUGCUUACUUUAUGAAGCGGACAUAUGUAUUGCGGAUGUACUGCAAAUGUUCAAUCGAUUAUAUAGGUGUGGGAUGAGUGGCGGCAGUGUCGGAAAUUGAACACCCGGCCCCGUAACACUUAUCUGAUCGUAUCCGUACGAAUUUAUUACCGGUUGACUGAGGUGACACGCUUGUUUAUUUUGUUUUUAAACUCAAUUUUUUUUUAUACAAACUGCUCUAGCUGAUAAGAUAGACGAAUAAGCCAAUUAGUAACGUUUAUCGUUUAUACCUAGUUUGCGACCGAUAUCGUUACCUUACGCCGCAUUAGAAGACAAAACAAAACUGUUAUAAAAAGUGUGUGUUUUUUUCCUAUUUUUUUUUUUUCAUUGGAAAAGAAGCAAAUUUCUAUUAGUGGUAAUUAACGUGCAGGGAUGAUUAAGGUUUGCGCCACAAAUAUUCCACACAAUUGACGAUAAGAUAGAUAACACCCCCUACCCCCGCGGGGGGUGGUGGGAGAGUAUCGUAGCUAUCGUUGUGGAUCUUCUAUUAAGUGCUACAUCCAUAAAACGAUAGCUUAAAUACACUUACAUUUUAAGUGAGUA